GGAGCAGACCAUCCAGAUGUGUGUUCCUGGGUCCCAUCCGCAAAGUGCUUAAGACCUUCCUGCUUGUGUCCAUGGUCAGACACUAUGGGGGGGAUUUGAGCCACUAGAGAGAGAGAGGGAGGGAGAGGUCGCCACGAUUAAAUCCCGGAUAACAUCCUCUUGCCAGAUCUUGUAAGACAUAAGGAGGACUUUCUCGAUUGGUUACCGGCUUCUGCAUCACAGAUCUGUGUAAAUCAUGUGGGCACGCUAGAAAAGGGAACCCGGUUGACGUUUAGUUUCAGAAGAGUUGGUUCUUGUGCAGGACAGAAGGUGCAGGAGCGGGUAGAUUUCAUUAUCGACAAUGAAGAAGAUGGCGCGGUUUUUUCAAUUGGUGUUGCUUCUAUUCGUUGGUCUAAGGGUUGAAGCCGACGGGUCAGAUCAUAAGUAUAUAGAGAAAGAAGAUGUUCCUUUGUAUGUCAACAAAGUAGGCCCUUUUCAUAACCCAAGCGAAACAUACCGCUAUUAUGACCUGCCAUUCUGUAUACCAGAUCAUGUCAAUGAGAAAAAGGAAGAUCUUGGUGAAGUUCUGAAUGGCGAUCGCUUAGUUGAUGCACCAUAUCAGCUGAACUUUCAGGUUGACAAAGAGUCAGAAGUCCUUUGUAAGAAGAAGUUGACAAAAGAAGAUGUAGCCAAGUUUAAGAAUGCUGUCCUAAAGGACUACUACUUCCAGAUGUACUAUGACGAUUUGCCUAUUUGGGGUUUCAUAGGGAAGGUAGACAGAGAGGACAAAGAUGACCCAAGCGAGUUUAAGUAUUUACUCUAUAAACAUAUCCAUUUUGACAUUUCCUACAACAAAGAUCGUGUCAUAGAGAUUAAUGUUCAGACUGACGCCAAUUUGGCUGUUGACAUAUCAGAGGAAAAAGAAAUGGAAGUAGAUUUCUUAUACUCAGUGAAGUGGAAAGAGACUGAUAUCCCUUUCGAGAAAAGAAUGGACAAGUAUUCAAAGUCAUCUUCAGCACCUCAACACUUGGAAAUUCAUUGGUUCUCUAUAAUAAAUUCAUGUGUCACAGUUCUUCUCCUAACUGGAUUCCUUGCAACUAUUCUCAUGCGUGUGCUUAAGAAUGAUUUUAUCAAAUACUCUCAUGAUGAGGAGUCAGCUGAUGACCAAGAAGAAACUGGGUGGAAAUAUAUCCAUGGGGAUGUAUUCCGAUACCCCAAGCACAAGUCAUUAUUUGCUGCAGUUGUUGGAUCAGGAACUCAGCUGUUCACUCUGACAAUAUUUAUCUUUAUCCUUUCACUAGUUGGGGUAUUUUAUCCAUACAACCGAGGUGCAUUAUUUACUGCAUUAGUUGUUAUAUAUGCGCUUACCUCUGGAAUCGCUGGUUACACAGCAACCUCCACUUACUUGCAGCUGGAAGGAACAAACUGGGUAAGAAAUUUGUUGCUGACUGGAUGUCUAUUCUGUGGACCCCUCUUCUUAACAUUUUGUUUCCUUAACACUGUGGCUAUCGUAUAUAGUGCAACUGCAGCUUUACCAGUUGGCACAAUCCUGGUGAUUCUUCUUAUAUGGGCACUGGUGACAUCUCCAUUGCUUGUAUUGGGAGGGAUUGCUGGUAAGAACAGCAAAACUGAGUUCCAAGCUCCUUGUCGUACAAAGAAAUACCCAAGAGAGAUACCUCCAUUACCAUGGUACAGAGGAACCAUCCCUCAGAUGGCUAUGGCUGGGUUUCUUCCUUUCAGUGCAAUCUACAUUGAGCUCUACUACAUAUUUGCAAGUGUAUGGGGUCACAAAAUCUAUACCAUUUACAGCAUCCUAUUUAUAGUCUUUAUCAUCCUCAUAAUCGUUACUGCCUUCAUCACAGUCGCACUGACUUACUUCCAGCUUGCAGUGGAGGACCACGAAUGGUGGUGGAGAUCUGUUGUUUGUGGAGGUUCUACUGGAGUAUUUAUCUUUGGCUAUUGCAUCUACUACUAUCAUGCAAGAUCAGAUAUGUCUGGUUUUAUGCAGACAUCUUUUUUCUUUGGCUAUAUGGCCUGUAUAUGCUAUGGGUUCUUCCUGAUGUUGGGCACCGUUGGUUUCCGUGCAUCAUUACUGUUUGUUCGCCACAUAUAUAGAUCAAUCAAAUGCGAAUGAGUGCUUCAUCAAGUCUGUAUCAGCGUAACCCACCUUGCUGUGGGCAUUAGCCAUGAAGAGCUUCAUAACUAUGCAACGACAGAGCCUUUCAGUCUCGUAUACUAGUUUGACAAAUUGUAGAAAAAAGACUUGGCUAUUGACUUAAGUUUUGUUAUCUUGAUACCUCUAUUCAUGCCAUUAUGCAAUUGUUUUAAUUCUAAUCGUAUUUAUUCCACUUAA